GAAUACACUUCCCGGCAGCGUCAGUCCGUCACAGAAAGCGACAGGUCGGGUGGGUCGAACAGUGAGCCUAGGGUGAGAGACGAAACCCUGUGGUUACGAGAUCAGAUCUGAUGAAGUCGUGUUAACUCCGGACGUUUUCUAUUCCCAAUCGAUCUCUACACGAUUACUAGUCGCCGGUCGUGAAGCCGGCUAUUCAGUGCGCAUUCGCAGUACAAAAGAGACUUGUGAUAUUUUUCUAGUAUAUAAGUUCCGGAACGGAACGCUUUAAUUUUUUUGGUAUUUAAAGUGUACAAUAUAAGUAAAAAUUUGGAAAAUAUGGAAAUCCUGCCGGUUACGAGUCAGUUUAACGUCGGAUUCAAUAGUGAAAAAGCCUGGAAUGGGCCGACGUGGCGGGAAGCGCCGGUGCCGGUUCCGACGGAAACGGCGUUGGCUCAGAGGCUUGAGAGGGAAUUGCGGGCAGCGAAGGGAGCCAGCGAGCUAGCCACCGCUGAGGUGCUGGUGCCUGCCGAGUUGCUCGCCAGAGCGUCGCGGCAGACCCUGGCGCUGGCGGAGGGCGAACCUUGCGGCUCCCGGGGCGCCGCGGUCAUCGUUGACGUAGCGGGGAGGCGGUUAGCAGCUUUCAAAAUCGACCCCAACACAUUGACGACGCACGAGAUCCAUUUACACCUGGAGCACGAUGCGACCAACUGGACUAGCCUGUUGCCGCAGUUUUUAAAAAAUUUAACGCGAGGCGGCACCAUCAUCAUCAGCCCCCAGUUCACGAUAGAAAAGAAAAAACUUUUCCGAAGCCAGGCCGAGUGAGCCCCAGCGCGUGCGAGCGAGCCGACUGAUUGCCCUCCUCGUUACUACGUAUCGUUAUUUUAACAAAUAUCAAUAUUAUAUGUAUAUUAAUUAUAUUUUUAAUAAGAGAAAAAAAGCACAGCGUGAUAUGUAAUGUAUAGUUGUAGAUUAAGCGCGCGGUGGAGCGCACAGAUGCGCGCGGGCCGCGCCGCCGCCGCGAUAGUGAUGCGAAAUGCGCUUUGUCGAUACAAAGCGUCGAUAUUCGGUCACCGGUCGCGGCGGCGGUGCGGCCGCGCGGUGCGGCGGCGGGCGGGCGGCCGCCGAUCUCUGACCUGUCACACGCCUUGCUCCCUUUCCUUGCGGCCCAUCUUCUCCUUGCCCACCGUUGCGGCCGCCCCGCGCGCCGUCCGCACUUAUGUUAAUCAUUGUUCGUAUUUUAUUGUGGGAUGUCUGUGUUGUGGUUGGGCGAGUGCUUGUCGCGGCGGCGUUAGGUGCGCACCGAGAUCUCAGUCGCCGCCGCGCGUGUGAUACUGAUGAUACCCUGAACGAUUUAGUGUUACGUAUUUUUUGUUUCGAGUUCGAUUCUAUUCUGAAGUUGUGUAGACGUAUAUUACAUGUCUCGUAAUUGUAUUUAUUAGAGGCGAUCUCGCGAGGGAUCAGAUAUGUGUACGUUUUUGUAAUUGUACUAGUUCGUACAUUUGUUUGUGAUACUACUUUUGUAAUGUAUAAAAUUUAAAUGAGAAAAUAUUAUACUUUAAUAAAUAAGAGAGCACGCAUGCAGAUUAUAAUGUUGAUCAAGUCGUAAGCGAAGGCAAUAGAGGGAGAGGCGCGGAGUUCCGCGUUGUAAUAUACUGCAAAGAUCUCAGGUUAUAUUAUUAUAGUUAUAACAAGUAUUAAGUUAUUUAAGUUAAUAUAAAGAUUGUAAUUUUUAUAAGAUUGUUUUCUAUCAACGCGCAAUGCAGCGUUCUAUAGUCCAGUGUGUAAAGAGAGAAAUUUUGUACUAACAGUACCUUUAUAGAUGACGAGAUAUUAUCGAAUUAAAGCAUUUUCUUCAUCCAGUGUACAGUACUAUGUAAUGUAAAUCAAUAGACUAACAGUUUUUAAAGAAAUCUAAAUGUUUGUAGGGUCCAGUGUUAUAAAAACGCACAAUAUCAUAGUCCUAGAAUUCACUUUCAUCAAAAAAACAUAAAAAAACAUACAAAAAAAAA